UCCAUUGGGAGUUCUAGUCCAGUUGGCUCUUUGUCGUCAGAAGAUCAUGAUUUUGACCCGACUGCAGAGAUGCUAGUUCACGAGUAUGAUGACGAGAGGACCCUGGAGGAAGAAGAGUCUCUGGAAGGGGGAGGCAAUAUUAGCUCUGAGAUUGCAGAUUUGGAGAAGGAGGGUAACAUGCCUCUGGAGGAGCUGCUUGCCAUCUAUCGCUACGAGGCUUCUGGGGGUUCCAGUAUAGACAGCUCUUCUGGUGACCUUACGGAUGAGCUGCCUGACAUGACUUUGGACAAGGAGGAAAUUGCCAAAGACUUACUGUCUGGUGACUACGAAGAGGAGACCCAGUCAUCAGCGGAUGACCUCACACCUUCGGUCACCUCCCAUGAGGCUACUGAUUUCUUCCCUAGAACACUUCGAUCCAAUGCGGUCUCUGAUGGUGAUAAAGAUUCCGAGUGUGACGAUGAUGGUCCUAGUCCAGAAGAUUCCAGAAAGGAAAUAAUGGUGGGCUCUGAGUACCAAGCUGAAGUUCCUUUGACCAUCUGCCAUUACAUAGAAGGCGAGAAAGCAUAUGAAGAUGAAGAUGAGUUAAUGUGGAGUCCGGGUGCGCUGACAGAGAGCAAGGUCAAGAGCUUUCUGACCGACGUGAUGUCUCGGACGACAGCCGAAAAGACAACGCAUGACAAGCUACAUGUUCGAGACAACGAACAGGCUUUGUUUGAGCUCGUCCAGUGCAACUACAAUACCCACGAGGCACUGGAGCAAUACUGUAGCCACCUAAAGUCCUCGAAAGAAAAAUCCCCCCCGUGGUCUGAAGAGGAAUGCAAGAAUUUUGAACAUGCUCUACAGAUGUAUGACAAGAACUUUCACCUUAUCCAGAAACACAAAGUGACGACGCGAACGGUAGCAGAAUGUGUGGCAUUUUACUACAUGUGGAAGAAGUCGGAGCGUUUUGACUUCUUCGUGCAGCAGAAUCGCUUUGGGAAGAAAAAGUACAGCAGCUAUCCAGGCGUCACAGACCUAAUGGACAGGCUCGUGGACGAAGCGGAAGGUUUGGCUGUGGACAGUUCGUCGUCUGUGUGCUCAAGCAGCGGAGGAGGAAGGAUGGAAAGCACGACGGAUCAACAGCUCAGUCUGCUCAACUCCAUCACUGCCAGUGACCUCACAGCUCUGAGCAACAGCGUAGCGACGGUGUGCAGCCCGGCCGAGGCGUCGUGCUUGGACUCCUACAGCUUCCCCCCGCUGGAGAGCCUCCACAGGGCUUCGCUCAACCACGACGAGUCGCUGGGCUUCCCGUCGGGCGGUGCCGACGCCGACUGCCUCGACAUGCUAGACGCAGGCUUCUACCACUCGGAUCUGGGCCAGCUGAGCAACGUGUGCGUCGCGAAGGACUGCGAGCGGCCAUCCAAGAGACUCAAGAUGGCGCUGCCGGACUCGUACAUGGGCGACGUCUCUGUGGGGAACCUCGGCGUGGAUUUUGAAGCGCGCCGGACCGCGCCGCACCACCAUCGGAUAACAGGCGCCAAAAUGGCCGUGUCGGUAACGGACUUCGGCGAGCCCAACGUUUUUUUGGGGGGGCACGCGCGCCAUCAUGUGCAGCACACAGCAGCACUUCAGUCCGACUGA